GCUUCACAGCGCUUUGUCCAGCGGUUUUUGCGGAUUACGCGAAACCAGGGGCUUAGUUCACGUCUUGUUUGUCAUCAAACAACUCCUGUGCUGCGCGCGGAGAACCCUGCAUCCAGUCGCUGCUUGAAACGGCUCAGUACACAGCAAAUAAGCAAAGGCCCAUCCUAGGGGCGUUGCGUAACAAUGGGCUGCGGCGCGAGCCAGCACCGCCAGCCCUACGACAACACUCGACAAGUGCACCAGGACCACCAAGAUAGCCGGAGACUGGUGCGGCUGCGCGAUGUCGAUGAGCGCAACACGCAGCGCCACUCGACGCGCGAGCUGCAACGGGUCGACGUCAUCAAGGCGCGGCGAAGGGAGAGCGAAGCCGCCAUCGCGAACCUGCCCAAACCAUCAACGCCCGAAAAACUACCUUAUCUAAAAAAGCGCAUGUCGGCGCUCAUGUCUCCGGAGCGCGAUGCAUUAAAACGCGACCUGUCGUCCCUAUCGAAGAGCGAUACUAGUUCGUUAGCGUCGCGAUUGGCCAAGCUCGGUCUGGCCUCGCACGAGAUGCGCGGCGACGGCAACUGCCAGUUUAGAGGAUUGGCGUUCAACCUGUUCGGGAGUCAGGAGCACCACGCCAUUGUGAGAAAAGCGUGUUGCGAUCAUAUCAAGACCCAUGCGGAUUUUUUCAAAGUGUUCUUCGACGGUGAUCAAGAAUUUGAGAGGUACUUGCACAAUAUGUCUCAGGAUCGGCACUGGGGCGACGAAUUGACGCUGCGCGCGGCCGUCGAGGCGUAUUCGUGUAUAGCGCACAUUAUUAGUUCGGAGGCGCAGAACUGGUAUCUUGUUUACACGCCUGAAAGUACCGAUGAUGUCGAGAUGAUGUUACCAGUGGGUGUGGCGGCGCCGCCCAAAAACAAGGAUGUGUAUCUAUCAUACGUGUCGCCGAUCCACUACAAUUCGGUGGUGGUUAGUACGGUCGACAACCAAGGCAUGGCGGGCUGGGCGCGGACGGAGGACCCGGCGACGGGCCGGACCUACUACUUUAAUGUGGAGACGCGGGAGACGAGCUGGACGUGGCCGCCCGAGACUUCGUGAGCCUCCGCGCCAUCGAGGAGCCGACGCGAUCACGGGGACACCGUCGCGUCGACGGCGUGGGGCGCUCGAAGACGGGCUUAUCAGUAAUGUGAAAGAAAUGUGUUCAACAGACAUGCC